AGCUGUCAGUCACUGAGGCUCAGAUCACAGGUGACAUUUGACUAUGUCACAUCACAAUUUAUAAUAGAGGAUAGCUCUCUCGCUCGGAUCAAGAUCGGAUCAUCUUUCGUGUGUAUGUUCUUUUCCUCGUUCGUCGUUAAUUGUGUGACUAAGCCUGCCGAAGCCCUCUCAGGAAUAAGAGCUCAGCUUCGUCUGUUUGUUUUUGACUGACCGCCACGGAUCGCAGUGAUUUUUCUUGGCCAUUGCGUACCCUUCGUUACUUCGUCGCAGUCGUUCUCCGUGGACGCACGAAUUUCGAGCCCUCGAGUGUCGUGUCAAGUGAGUUAUGGAUGACAAGUUCCAGUGACGAUAGAAUUAGAGGAAGUGGAAAUUAAGAUCUGCUAAGUGAUUGAAAAAAAAUAAAAACAACCAAACGGGCAAACCAGUGAUAGAGAGUUUGCAGUGAAGUGAUAAACAAUUGUGACAAUAUUUGCCAGCAUGGCAUUGGAAGAUCGUUGUAGUCCUCAAAGUGCACCCAGUCCGCCACACCAUCAUCACCACAGCCAAAGUCCGAUCAAUUCUGCAACCGCUACAAUGUUGACCACCACGGGAGGAACUCGCGUCUCGCCUACUGGCGACGAGAUGUCGCCACUUGUACCGAUCUCCCCGGUUCAUAUCAAACAGGAGGUGAUGGAUCCGAUUCCCCCGCAGCCAACGCAGCAACCGAGCAUUUCUUUUUCGAUUACCAACAUUUUGAGCGAGAGUUUUGGAAAAGUACCCUCCGCACCGGCUGGUCCGAUCCACCACCAUACAGUGAGUCCUAUGGCAAGUCCUCCGUGCAGUUCGGACUCCAACAGUCCCAGCGGCCCAAUUAUGCACCUCAAUCAUCCGGGUCUUCACCAGCAGCGAAGAGACAGCCUGUUUCGGCCUUAUGAUAUUAGCAAAUCACCUCGAUUAUGCUCCAGCAAUGGUAGCAGUAAUCACAAUCCUUACCAUACCGACAGUGAAUCGCAGGAUUCGAAUUGCUACGAGCCUCAAGCUGCUGCUGCAGCAGCAGCAGCUGCUAGUAUGCUGAUGUUCAACAACAACCAUUACCACCCCCGAAUCCCAACACUGUACGACUUCAGCACGAAAACCAUACCCAGCAUAGACCCUCGGUCACCGCUGCUGAACGGGUUCAGCGCCACCAGUUACCCCAAGCUGCACGAGGAAAUCAUCAACAGCCACCGGAAGUUCCAAGCCAAACUGUUGGAGAAUCAGGCAAAAGCGGCGGCCGCAGCAGCUUCACUGCAUCCGCACUCGAUGCCCCCGCUAGGGUCCUUGUGCAAGACGGUGUCGCAAAUCGGGCAGCACGUGGCCUCCUCCGCCGGGAGUGGCGUUAUGAACGGCACAACGCCUCUGGACAGCCGUAGUAACGCCAGCAAUAGUCCCAAACUGAGCCCGCGUCCCAUUCCGAAACCGACGGCAACGGUGGCUUCCAGCCUGCCGGGCAACGGUGGUGGUGCCAGUAAUGGUCACUCCGAGGGGAAUAAUAUCGGCAAUAAUAAUGUUAAUAAUAAUGGAAAUGGCAAUAAUAACGAUGGAGCCUCGUCCGAUGAUGCCCGGUCGGAAACGGGCAGCAGCAAAGACGGCGACAGCGGAGGCAACCUGUGGCCGGCCUGGGUGUACUGCACCCGGUACAGUGACCGUCCCAGCUCGGGUCCCCGCUACCGUCGAACGAAGCCACCCAAAGAGAAAGGCGAAAGUGAGGAAAAACGUCCCCGAACGGCUUUCACCACUGCCCAGCUGCAAAGACUGAAGAACGAGUUCAACGAAAAUCGUUACCUCACGGAAAAGCGCCGCCAAGCGCUCAGUGCCGAGCUGAAUCUGAACGAGUCGCAAAUCAAAAUAUGGUUCCAAAACAAGCGGGCCAAAAUCAAGAAAACUUCCUCGGAAAAGAACCCGCUGGCCCUGCAGCUGAUGGCCCAGGGGUUGUACAACCAUUCGACGGUUCCGCUCACCAAGGAGGAGGAAGAACUGGAGAUGCGCAUGAACGGUCAAAUCCCGUAAGUGCACAGCGAGAAGGAAGAGGAGGAGGUUAUGUCAACAUGCAGAUUCAUCGCGGCCGCGCGAAAGAAGUUCACUGCACGUAGCGCAAUUGACGCUGUUGUCUGUCAGCUUCAGUGUCCGCCAUUAAUAAGGCGUCCUCGUCGAUGUAAACAAAAGUAUCCAUAAUGAGAUUCCUGUGCCACCGCUCUCUCGAUGCAAACGCGUACGUGGACGGACUCGAGUCUGCGAGCUGUCAGUUGCGUUUUUAGCGAGGGCUUUUGAAUUAUUGAUCUCCAGACAGUGGCCGAUGUACCAUUUUGUUGCUGCAUCACUCUCGAGUGACGUUCAGCAUAACCUCGCAGUUCGGGAUUGAAGCUGUCAGUCAGCAGCGAGCAAACUGGCGAAGGGAAAAAAGCAGGCGAGGCUUACCCGGGACCGGGCGGAUAACGAACAGAAAAAAAAACAACAGAAAAGCAACAAGACCCAGUACAAUUACAUUUAAAUAAUUGAAUUAAUGCCCCCCCCCCCCCCCCCCUUCCCGAUGGCGGUGGGAGGAACCGGCGGGAGGAGGCUGAAAAGCUGUUACUCGUUCUGGUAAAACAAACAAAUUCAGCUCUUCAUGCGCCACAACGAGGCCGUAUGAGAAAUUUCUGUAAAUGUAAAUAUUGAAUUUUAAAAGGCUCUUUAGCACCAGGCAUGCAGUAGCUUGGCUUUCUCACGCACAGAUCCUGCUGGCGAUUUAAAGAGCUGAAAGUAGAGCAUAUUUUCUAUAUUCGUCCGAAGGAACUGAGCUCAGCCGGUUAGGGUGGUGCAAUAAAAUAAAAAAAAAAAAAAAACUACCAUUUCCCCUACCGACGACGGCUGAUCUCGGAUCUCGCUGAAGAGGAAAAAAAGGAACAAGCGUGAUUGUAAUCUACUGAAACCGAAUAGCAAUAUACCUAGAUAGAAGUGAUAGGUUAGUUCUCACCCACUUAAAGUUGUGAAUAGCUUAGUCAAAGGAUGUGGUUAGGUGGAAUGAGGUUAGGUUACACGUUUCGUUAUUUCGCGUGCCCCGUAGAAAACAUGUAAAUUAUUUACUUCCAAUGUCGGCAGAACUUUUUUUGUUAGUUGAAAAAAGUACUGUCCAACCAGAAAGGCUAUAGGAUCGGAGACGAAUGCAAUGUAAAUGUGUGUACAAAAAGUUAAUAGCUACUGAAAAUUAAUUGAGAUUAACUGCAUUGGAUUAGAGCAAACAACGACCCCACAGACAAACUAGAUUAACGUUCGGCCGAAGCUAGCCUGAGGCCGUGCAUGUGUUCCCACGCGGAAAGACCGAUCCAACGUCGAUAAUUAGUCAUCAAAGCUGCUUCUGUGCACAAUAUUCAUUUAUAUACUAACCAGUUUCCGUCUCAGUCUCAGGCGGACGAUGACGAUGCGAGCGAGCAUCAUAAACAAAUCAUAAACUCCGCUCGUAGGAGUGGUCUGCUUUUUUUGCACCAUUCAUUGUAACGUUUCGGUUAGUGCGCGCCGUUCGUAUAGAAUAACUAUCUAAUCUAAAUUAUGCCUAAUUAUGCUACCAUUGGUCGGUCGUCCCAAUUUGGUUAGGCCAACAGCGCCUGCGCGAUACGUACCCGUAUUUUGACCGUGUGUAAAUUGACGUGUAUGUAGAAAAUAAAAGCGGAAAGGGUAACAUCAAGGCGCACGGCGUACCCUCUCCGUAGUUAUCCGCUAAUCUAUGCAGAAUCGCCACCAGCCGUAGGAGCCGUUUCUCAUUAUACUAUGCAGUGCUUAAGAUUAUUAUUAGAUUAUAUAUUACUCUUAUUAUCCGCGUAGCAGUUAAGACUGUAGAAGCUAACCGAUUAACCAUAUAAACAGAGAACAAAACCUAUUAUAUUAUAGCAAUGCAAAAACCGAUAAAAAAGAGAGCGUAAUAA